AUGGCGCCAUCACCAGCUUAUCACUAUAUUCCUGUCGGCUCCGUAUCAAUUUUACGGGAUCAAAGCAGUCUAGAAGCCGACUACUGGGGCUCGGAUCAUCUUCGACAAUGGAUAUGGCUUUCUCGAACAACAGAUAUACACCACCCGGGUUCAUCGACCCCCACUCAGCCUACAAUCCCUGAUGAGGCCCAGAGACAGCUUUUGGGCUCCCCAGAACUUAGCCACUACAGACGGCUAUUCCAAUACAAAUGGGCCAACCUCCAAUUUAGAAUACACAGUGCCAAUCAUGGCACCCUAAGGGUGUAUCUCCUCCCAGAUGAUGUAGCUCACCGCGCCAUAGACCGCACCGACGUUGGCUUGCAGAGAGCCAAGCAAGCUAUUCUAGACUCAAUAGACUACUCUUCUUCUGGAUGGAAUGGCCAUCCACCAGAUAUAUCUACAGGACCAGUACCCUAUCAGACAACUGACAUGGAUACGAACACUCAAGAGAUGACAUUGCUUCAGCUAUUCAAUAGGCUCAACUCGCCAAGUCCAGACCCAAACAUUGUUUCUAAUGCCGGAGCGCAAAACGGAAUGUAUUGCUUGCUGGAAAGCAGGGUAGAUGGCUUAAAGGCAGAUUUAUAUCCUCAUCAACGGCGCUCGUCGGCGUUGAUGCUUCAAAAAGAAUCCCAGCCAGGUCAAACUCUAGAUCCUCGGUUGCAACAUGUUCGAGAUCAGCAUGGCGGAGGCUGGUACGUGGAUCUCGUCACUGGUAGCAUUUUGACGGAGCCUCGGUACUACGAUGGUAUAUCGGGAGGGAUCUUGGCAGAGGAGAUGGGUUCCGGCAAAACCCUGAUUUGCCUCGCUCUGAUAUUGGCAACCAAGCAAGUCCCUGCCAGUGCUCCCGAGAUCUAUGGGGCAGGGCGUGCUCCUACCCGACCCAAGAUCGCCUCGCUAGCUGAGAUGGCUGCUUCGUGCGCAAACCGAAAUUCUGUUCCUUGGAAAACCUACUUCGACUCUUAUGCCUCGGAAUAUGGCUAUGAAUUCCCUGAGUGUGUCAAUGCGCUCGAGAGGAACCCUGGAUAUUACUUCGUCCCGGCACCAGAAACCCGCCGUUGUGCAAGGCAUAGGAGCCAAUACCCCCUAGUGGCCACCAAAAAGGUCUUCCUGAGUGCCACAAGCCUUGUGAUUGUUCCAAACAACUUGGUUAAUCAGUGGCGUGAAGAAAUUCUCAAGCACACUGAUGGCCUAAACACCCUUAUUCUGACCAAACAUACCGCGAUACCCCCAAGUGAGGACAUUAUCAAGUAUGAUAUGCUCCUAUUCUCUCAAAAUCGAUUCGAAAUGAUCGCGAGGGAACCUGGGGGGAUGGCCGGAUCGCCUCUAUCAAGAGUUCAUUUCAAACGUUGCGUAGUAGACGAAGGGCACAAGCUGGGAAACUCGAAGAUCUCUGCUCGAAGCGUGCUCCUCACCAAUCUUGACGAGUUACAAUGUACUUCACGCUGGAUAGUCACGGGCACACCCUCACACGGUUUAUUUGGACAAGAAAAUGGCGGGAUGGACACGGCAAGCCAGGUCACUUCCAACGGAAAUGAAUCUGAAGGGGGCCAUGAUUCGGAUCCACCUUCGAACAAGUUGGAAUCGAAGGACCUAGAGAGGAUUGGGUCGAUAACAGCACUCUACCUUAAAGCUCGACCGUGGGCAAACACUAGUACUGAACAAGGUGAUACCCUUGCCGGCUGGAACACUUAUCUGUUGCUUCCGAAGCACAGCCCGAGAAGCCGUGGCCGCUGGGACUGUUUGAACACAACUUUGAAUUCAUUGAUCAUCCGUCAUAAGGUGGCAGAGAUCGGAGAGCUUCUGCCGUCUGUAAAAGAAGACGUGAUAUAUUUGGAAGGGUCAUACCAAGACCAACUUAGCACGAAUCUCUUCUCCAUGAUGAUUAUAUUCAACGCAGUACAGUCGCAACGAACUGAUCAAGACUAUUUCUUCCAUUCAAAACAGAGGAGCAGUCUAUUGGAGAUUGUACAUAAUUUGAAACAGGCGAGCUUUUUUGGAGGCUCUUUCUUUUCAGCACAGGAGAUCGAGAAGGCUGUACAUACAGCUGAAGAGUUUCUCAAGGAAAAGAAAGUAGAAUGCAGUCUCGAAGAUCAGCAGCUACUUCAAGAGGCAAUCAAUCUUGGCCAUUUAGCAAGUCGCAAUGUCUUGCGAAAUCUAAGCAAUCUGUAUCACGAGAUGCCCAUAUGCGUUCAAGACCUCCCAGCCGAUUCAGGGUCAUCUUGGUGUCUAGGCGAAGGCUCUGACAAAAAGUGGACAUGCACUUCAGCCAGUCUUCUCCUCAGUUUGCAAAGCAUAGUAUACAACGCGUUGAGGGAUCCUGCCAAAUUCAAUGCGCUUCUCAAUGGAGGUCUGGCCUUGGAAGGAAUCUCAGAAAAGAAGAAACUUCUCGAUUCUCAAACCCCAGCGGAAGAAGCCCCAAGCGAGGGCCGUCGUUCGCCAACCCUUGCUGGCAAUACCAAAAUAGGUCACGAUAACGCUCGGAAACAUCAUAAACACGUUGUCAAUCGUCUCAAACCCAUUGGCGAACUGGAGUCAAAUACUUUCUCGCAUAUUCUCGAUCCAACUCGAAUUACGGCGACGGCCUCGGCGAAAUUAUCAUAUCUGCUAGACAGUAUUAUCAGGUACCAAGACGAGGAAAAAAUCAUCGUCUUUUACGAAAAUCAAAACACCGCUUGGUACUUGGCCAGCAUGGUUCUCCUUAUGGAUCUAUCCCAAGCCGCCUUCGGCCUAGAUAUGCGCGACGCGUCGCGGAUCUACUUCAUCAGCCCGGUCCUGAACCCCCAGGUCGAGGCGCAGGCCAUAGGGCGUGUGCGGAGAAUAAGCCAGAACAAGCCCGUGUCCGUGGAGACUCUCGUGCUACGGAACAGUCUCGAUGAGGUCAUCCUCGAGCGCAAGCUGCAAAUGACACAGGCCGAGCAUCGGCAGACGAAGACGAUCCUGGACAUCCCUUCCAUUUAUAAUUGGAUCAAGGACGCUAAGAUCACGCCUCUUCCCGAGUGCUCGGAAGACCAGGUCUCACAGAUGUCUAACCUCGUCCUAUCACAUCACGUCUUUGGGCGCGGCUUUGGGAGAGUCGCUCACCCUGAUGAGGACCUUGCCCCCAGCAGCCCAGUGAGGCCAUCGAGAAGCGAUCUCGCGCACUCUAAUCUAGAUCAAAACGGCCAGAAGCGACCAUACGAAGCGGGUCCCGGCAAGUUCAUGCGUCAAGAGCGGAUUGUUUCAAGUGAGAAUAGAUUAGAGCUUGAAUUAGAACUCCCUGCUCGUCCCACACGGAGGGUCAAAUUUUCUAUAGAUUAG